AUGUCUGCUGGAUCAGCAUCUUCUCUUGGACGUUGUUUAUCAGUGCGAGAAUAUUUUUCUUUAACUAAUAUGAAAUCAAUGUUUCAAGGUUUUGUCUAUGAAUAUGAAACACCAAAAAUAGUUACUAUUCAUUCCAUUUCAAUUGCACUUACAUGUCGUAUAAUUCAACUUUUAAUUUUAAUUUAUGGUAUCGUAUAUUUAAUGAUAAUUAAAAAAGGUUAUCAAGAUAUUGAUACAUCAAUUAUUUCAUCGAUUACAUUGAAAGUUAAAGGUAUCGGUUAUAAUCAAACAGCAAAAAAUAAAACAUUAGUUAUCGAUGGUGCAGAUUAUAUUGUUCCUCCACAAGAAAAUAACGCAUUAUUUUUAAUGACAAAUUUUAUUCGAACUGAUCAAAAUCAUUCAAAAUGUGCUGAAGCACCUGAAAAAUUCGCAUUUUGUACCAAUGAUACUCGAUGUCGAGAGAGCACAGAUUCUCAUAAAGCUAAUGGUAAAUGGACUGGUAAAUGUCUACCAAAUAGUCAUCAAUUAAAUGGUUCUGAAGAAAAGAUUGGUCUAUGUGAAUUAGAAGGCUGGUGUCCGGUAGAAAAUGAUCGUGGUAUACCAGAACCUAUACAAGAUGCAUUCAAUUUUACAAUAUUUGUUAAAAAUUUUAUUGAAUUUCCACGUUUUAAAGUUAUAAGAAAAAAUAUUCAAAGAGACGCACAGUAUCUUAGAACUUGUAGUUAUGAUCAUGAAAAUCAUACAGAAUGUCCAAUAUUUCGUGUUGGAACUAUACUUGAUCUUGUUGAAAGAAAUAAAACAGAACAAAUAAACAUAUUAAGACUGGGUGGUGUUAUUCGUAUUAAAAUUGAUUGGAUAUGUAAUUUAGAUGUAUCAUUAGACAAAUGUGUGCCUGUAUAUUCAUUCGGACGUUUAGAUGCACCAUCUAAAGAAGAAAACUUUUCAGUAGGAUUUAAUUUUCGCUUUGCUUCACAUUGGAAACAUGAAAAUCAAUCAUUUCGUACUUUAACUAAAGCAUUUGGUCUUCGUUUUAUUAUUUCUGUCAGUGGUCAUGCUGGUCGUUUUGAUGUCAUACAACUAAGUUUAAAUAUUGGUUCAUUGAUUGGUAUACUUGGUUUAGCAACGUUUAUAUGUGAUAUUGUUGCAUUAUAUGUUCAUCGUCAAUCUAGUGUAUAUCGUCAACAAAAAUUUCAAGAUGUAGAUCUUAAUUUAUUACGUUUAGAAACUUUGAAUAGUUUAGCAGAAGGAAUGGUGAGUGAAGUUACAAAACGUAAGAAUCAGAAUCAUCUUGAUCAAAGGGAAUCAAUCAGUAAUGUUAUUGAAAAUCAUGAUGUAACAUCAAUAACUGAUAGUCCACUUAAAGAGAAAUUUCAACGAAGUAGAGAAAAUCCUUUCUAUGAUAAUGUAUCAACAUCGUCAACAAUACAUACAAAUCCAGCUUUAUUGUCGAUGACACCUUCGAAUAAUUUUCAUCAACGACAAACAGGUACCAUAAAACAAUCCACUGGAAAUUCUUCAUCAUCACCAAUAUCAUUAAAGCAACGAAAAUUAGUAUCAACACGGCCAUCACAAUUAACAUAUUCAUCAAAUAUUACUGACGAUAAAUAUGAAUUUAAUGAUAAAAUAGAUAUGAGUUAUGUUGAUGAAGAUUCUCCAGUCAUUGAUGCAAAAAAACAAUCAAACGAAAUGAAACAAAAUUUUAACAUAAAAACUAAUAAACCGCUUAUGAAUGGAAGUGAAUAUUCAACUCAAACAUCUCCAAGAAUUGAGACUUUCUUAUAA